AUGGAGAAUCAAGACAACGACAAAAUAGUAUUAGAAAGACCUAUUGGCUCCGAGGAUACAAAAAUGCUACGAACAAACGGCAAACAUUCUGAUGAUGAAAAUAAAUCUAAACUCGAUAUUAGUAAAAACUCUACAAAGCUUUCAAACGACAAGACAGCACGUUUUUCUGAUAUUAGCACUAUUUUAUAUGCUAUUAUAUUUGGAAUGCUAUUUGGAUUCUUUAUGAACAAAGGUACUGUAUUUGUAGCUCCAACUAUUCGGAAACAAAUGUUAUUUCAACGUUUUGCAAUGCUGAAAAUGUUUCUUGCUGCUGUUGGAACGUCCAUGUUGAGUGUGGCGUUACUUAGUCUUUGUUGUAAUAAAUUAUAUACAAAAAUCCUCAAUGGUUAUAUUGAACAUAACAGUCGUCGUGGAAUUCUUCAUUAUCUUCUUGGCGGAACUCUAAUCGGGUUAGGCAUGGUAACAUGUGGUAGUUGUCCAGGAACAGUAUUCGUUCAAGUUGGUUCAGGUAUUAUCAAUUCGUUAUUUACUUGUUUGGGUGGUCUUCUUGGAACCUAUUUCUACUAUAUAUUUGUUCAUGAACGUGUUUCACGUGAAAAAUUUCCAUCGACAUCUCUCGUCCUUCGGCGUGUGUCUGAUCUAUUACAUAUUCCUAGUGUUGUUUUUCACAUAGUAUUCGGUGUCUUACUUCUUGGUAUAUCGAUUGGUCUAGAAUUUGUUGUUUCUUGGAAAUCGGAUCUCAAUGAUAAUCUUUUGAGAAAAGGUACUCUGAAUCCAGAGAGAACAUUUGGCCACAUUUUUGGUAUGGCUGCUUGGCCACCAUCGAUUUGUGGUGCUGGUGUUGGCUUGUUACAAUUAUUUUUCAUAUUUUUUCUUGAGAAAUCCUUAGGAGCUUCAUCAGCAUUUACUGUGUUUGCAGCCCAAUUGUGUCGAAUUACAACGAUUGGUCAAGCACUACCAUCAUUGAAUUCAUUUGCGUUUGGAUUGAAGAAUCAUGUAGCUCUUCUUUUUGCGUUCGGAGCAAUAGCUGGUAGUGCUCUAUCAUCAAGUUUAUCGCAAACAAUUCCAUUGGGUGCAGAAAACGGAGCUAAUAUAGUUAGUAGUCUCGUUGGAGGCUUUCUACUAUUGUUAGGAGCACGAUGUGCUGGUGGGUGUACAAGUGGUCAAGGCAUUUCAGGUAUGACACAUCUUCUGGUUGGAUCGUACAUUACUACAGCAUGCAUAUUUGGUGGUGGCAUUAUUUUCGGAUUCAGCACGUGGCUAAGUAACGAUGAAUGGCGUUUUCAGAACCUUUGA